AUGAAGCUCAUGAAGAUUACUAUCAGUCUCUUGUGCGCAGCAGGCGCAUCUGCAUUCCCUCAGUAUGCUGCAAAGAUACCCAACGGAUAUGGUGUCCCCAAUCCAGGUCCACAAGGAGGUAUUUGGGCUGGUGUUGGGCAUGUGAGAACUGCUGGAGGAGGUGACCGCAACUCUUUUGGUCUAGACUUUGCUGCCAAUGGAUUUGAAUGGACCACAGCUCUUUGUGAAGCUGAUUCAGAUGGUGAUGGGAGGUCCAAUGGUGAAGAGCUUGGAGACCCCAACUGUGAAUGGUCAGAAGGAGAAGAACCUGCUGGUCCUGCUUUGUCGCACCCUGGCAUUGCCGAUGAAGCAAAAGAAGUUGCGACUAUCAAUGAGUGUGACAACUAUGUAGCUCCUGAUGAUGAGAUUACAAUGGAUAUUUCCUUCUCGGUACCCACGGAAAUGGAUGAAACACAGACUCAUUACAUUUGUGAGCAGAAGCUCGUGGAUGUUCCUGCUAAGGAAUUGUUGCACAAGGUCAAGCAUGGCGUCCUCUUGGAUAAUGCAAAUGUCUUACACCACAUGUUUGUCUACAUUUGCCCUGAAGGUUACAAUAGCAUCGAUGGGGACAAAGUAGGCCAGGGACCAUAUGACUGUUCCGGGAAUGAAAGUGGGUGCAUCCAAGUUGGUGGUUGGGCCGUUGGGCCUCACGAAUCCUGCAAUCCUCCCAAUGUGGGCAAUGAGUUGGACUUUUCUGGAUUGGAUCAAAUUGUGGUCAAGAUUCAAGCUCACUACGACAAUGCUAUGGGGACUCCCCAGCAAGAUCAAUCAGGGAUUCGAUUGCACAUGACACCUACACUUCGUCCUUUGAUUGGAGAGAACCUUGCAACAGGCAUGGUGCAAGUUGACAUUGACUUUUUGAUCCCCCCACAACAGACAAACUAUCCUCUUACAAGCAUUUGCCCAACAGCCAUUACAGAGCACCUGAAUGGUCCAGUGUACGUGUAUGCCUUCACACCACACAUGCAUCUCUAUGGAAAGGCCUUGGUAACUGAGCAUUAUCGUUGUGGUAAAAAGAUUGGCGAACUGGGCCGCAUCAACAGGUACGAAUUUGAUAACCAGCAGACCUACAGUUUGAACCCUCCACUGAAGAUUCUACCUGGUGAUUCCUUUGUCACUACCUGUGAAUAUGACACAACUGGAAUAGACUUUGAUGUUGUCGGCGGGCCCGAGACAUCGGAUGAAAUGUGCCUCAAUUUCCUUUCUAUCUAUCCCAAGCCAGGGACAGCCAAGGUCCCAACCCUCUUGGCCGGCUGCUUCUCUUUUGAGAAUGGCAUCAAGAUGGACGGCCGUGAAGUUUCUGUGCGCGUUGCCAUAGGUGACCGUAAUCGGGAUAUGGUUACUCGCGACUUUAUCAGUGAUCCAAAGGCGUCCUUUGGUUCUUGCUGUGCUGCCAACAACUGCGAGGAACUGUACAUUGCAGAGGUCAAUGAAGCUUGCGGAGUUGAUGCUGACUGUGCCAACAGCUUGGUUUGCGCGGGAGGCCUCUGCGACUAUACCGGUACACCCGAAGAUCAAGAUCAGUCCUCGCCCGAUGAAACCAGCGAUGCAGCUGCGGAUUCACUUGUUCAGUCCUUGGCCGGUGAAGCCAGUGGUGCAGCAGCUAUUGGAAAUGCCGUGGUUUCUCUAAUUGUUCUUGCCAGUCUCAUUGGUGGGUGUUUCACUGUCUAG